GUGCAUACAUACACAGACGCACAGCACCGCGAAAUAAAACGGGCCCGAGACAGCAGAGUGUAGAAGCGAGACAGACGCACUCGCAUGAAACCACGGGCGAACCAUGAUAAUGCAAGCUCACUUUUGUCUGACGUAGCCGACGUUUAACGGGAGAAAUACUACAGUCGCCCUCUUACUGGUGUCGGAGGGGAAAGAGCCGAAACGGGAAAAAUAGCGGAUGGUUUGACCUCAUUGUGGUUAUUUGUUGUUUUCGUCGCCCUUUUUGUGGAGAGACCACUGAUGUAACGGUUCUGGAUUUGAUGGGUUGGGUUGGCAGGACGGGAUGCACAAAAGAGCGUCUCUUACACCGUGUUUAGUUGCGGAUUAGGAGAGGGGGAUCAAACGGAGGAGGGGAAGAGGGGAACACAACAACAAGGAGACGUUCUUUAUUAGCGGGGGGAGACAGCGCCAGACCAGGAUACGGUAGCGGAGAGAAGGAGAAGACCGAAAGCGUCGCUCGAAUGAAUGUGCCGUGGUGGAUCCCGCGACGAUGCGACGACACUGCUGGGUGAUAGUGCUGGCGGGGAUGUUGUCGUACUUCAACCCGGAGAGAGCCCUUGGAGCCCCGCAGAGAGAAUUCUCUCAAUCCAGGGCUGCGUCUCUCUCUUCUCCGCCCUACGUCGUCAUUCUCAUCUCUUGCUCGGGGCUCGUCUCCUUUGUUUUACUGCUCUUCACCUGUCUGUGCUGUAAGAAGGGAGGAGUGGGAUUCAAUGUAAGUCUCCAUCAUGAGUUUGACAAUGCAGAGGGGGAGGAGUGUUCUGGGUGUUCUAGCCCCGCCCAGGAGGACAGUCUGUCCUCUUGCCCCUCCCUCCCGGAGGUCUACACCCUCCCACUCAGGGACAGGGCUAACUGCCCCGCCCUGCAGGAUGGCUCAGACUCUAAGUCGAAGUACUUCCGUAGGCACACUCUCAACUACCUUCAGGAAAUAGGAAAUGGCUGGUUUGGAAAGGUGAUCCUAGCGGAGGUGCUGUGUGACUGCAGCUCCUCCCAGGCCGUGGUGAAGGAGUUGCGGGUCAGUGCCAGCCCUCUGGAGCAGAGGAAGUUCUUGGCUGAGUCUGAGCCAUACAGGAGUCUCCAACAUCCCAACAUCCUUCAGUGUUUGGGCCAAUGCAGCGAGAGCAUUCCCUUCCUGCUGGUCAUGGAGUUCUGUCAGUUGGGCGACCUGAAGAGGUACCUGAGAGCCCAGAGGAAGUCAGAUGGGAUGACCCCUGACCUUCUGACCCGGGAAAUGCUGACCCUGCAGAGGAUGGCGUUUGAAAUCACCUCUGGCCUGCUGCACCUCCACGAGAAUAACUAUAUUCACAGUGAUCUGGCUUUGAGGAACUGUCUCCUUACCUCUGACCUCACUGUCAGAAUCGGAGACUAUGGGCUGUCUCACAACCACUACAAGGAUGACUAUUACCUAACAUCAGACAAGCUGUGGAUUCCCCUGAGGUGGAUAGCGCCAGAGCUUCUGGAGGAGUACAGAGGAUCUCUGAUCGUCACUGACCAGACCAAGACCAGCAAUCUGUGGUCUCUGGGGGUGGUGAUCUGGGAGCUGUUUGAGUUUGGUUCUCAGCCUCACAGGCACCUGAGUGAUGAGGAAGUGUUGACCUUCGUCAUCAGAGAGAGACAGAUCACCCUGGCCCAGCCACGGCUCAAACUCUCCCACGCUGACUACUGGUAUGAGAUCAUGCAGUCCUGCUGGCUCCCUCCUUCCCAACGCCCCUCCAUCGCUGAGGUAUUCCUCCUCCUCUCCUCCCUUCUGGCUGCUGAGCGAGGGAUGUCCCGAAGGAGUGUGGGAGAGGAUGAGGAUGAUGAGGACGAGGAGUAUGGGGAAGGGAGAGGAAGAAGAGGAGAGAGCGAUGAGUCAUUUGAGAGACGGUGGGAUUCUCUCCGUCCUCCGGCCUUCCAGGCUGCAGCGAGUGAACGACAGAGAGAGAGGGAGUAUGGGAAGGAUGACAGGGGGAACUCCUACCCUCUACUGGACCCCGUGGGGAACUGCAUCACCCCAUCCUCCACAGAACUCGAUGACAUCCUGACAGUCACGGAGACCAGUAAAGGGUUAAAUUUUGAGUACUUCUGGGAGAAGGCCCAUGCGAGGCGGGGCUACCAACCACUUCCUCCUCCCCAGCCAAUCCUGACGGUCAACCCAUCCCACAGACAAUCCCUGGACACACCCACUGUUGUCCCUGUGAUAAGUGCACGUAGCCCCUCCCUCGCCAGCGAGUACUUCAUCCGAUUGGAGGAGCACACCCCUCAGGAUAAGUCCCCAUCUCUUAAAGGGAAAGCGCAGUCUUUCCGUUCUGACUCGUUGUGUCCUGGAGAUCUGGAGCUAGUGGAGAUACGCAGCGGGAUGCUAGGCAAAGAACGCGUGCCGUACAGUUCUGAUGAGGAGUACACUGGGCGAGGUGGGAAAUCCAUCCAGACCGUCCGAUCCAGCGAGGUCCAGCUAAGGGUCCCCAACACUGGGGUGGCAGAGUUCAAAGACACCUCCAGUAGAGUGACUGACUUCUCUGUGGUGGAUUUAGGAGAUGAUGAUGAGGAGGAGGGGGGUGAAGGAGACAGUAGGUCAUCCACUGGUUCUCAGGCUCCUGUCCUGCCUCCCAAGCCACGUUCUAUGUCAACCUCCUCGGGCAACCACCUCCACUCGCGCCCCCUCCCUGCGCCUCCGUUGGGCUACCACCGAGUAGGGCUUGGGCUGGGUCACUAUUCCAUGAGUGGUAAGAUAGAAACGAUGGACCCUCUGAUGGGCAGCUGCCUGCCAUCAUCAUAUGAUCACUUAGGGUUCCACCGUCCUCGUCAGACCAUGCCCCCCUCCCCGUCACUCUCCCCCUCCCUACCCCAGUCCAGCCACCCCAUCUACCCCACUCCCCAAACAUGUCCUCCCCCUCUCCCACCCCACUACAAGCCCCAAAGGGGCCUGUAUCACAGCUAUGGUGUAGGUAGCUUCUCCAGAUACAGUAAGCCCCAGAUGUACUCUCAAAGAGACCCACUAUCCUGUGACUGCUCAGACCGACAAGGUGGUGUACGGCGCACAGCAUCCUUGCACAACACAAAGGGAACAUCCAAUUUCCGCUCAAAAGACUUUGACUCUCCCGUACGACGCCAGAACGUAUUUCGCCCUGUUUACCGCAACAUCUCCCACUCCGAGUCCGGGGUCCACAGAAUUGAGAGGCACUCGUCCUCCAGUCCCACCUAUUCAGAUGAGGAUGAUUCCCCCUUUAUGUCCCCUGAGAAACCCAGUGGUGGAGGGACAACCGUCCCGACCUCUAGUUUGUCAGAGGAUUCGGAUCCGGCCACAGCCGAGCUCUUCUCCAGGGGUAUGAAGAGGACUCAGUCACGCCUCGCCACCAUCCUGCCUGCCAUCUGGAGGGAGGACGCGGAACUGCAGGCGGAUAGCGUAACCGACGCCAAGAAAUCCCCCAUGCACCUGUUUCUGACUGAGAUCUCUAGUGUGUCAGAGUCAAAUGAUGCCAAGUCCAAGGAAGGGAGGACCUCAUGGGAGGGAGAGACAGAGCGGGAGAAGAAAAGGGAUGGGGAGAGGUCGGGGAACUUCCUCCAGCCCUUGAGAGGGGGGAUGCGUCGGUCCCAGUCGCUGGUCACAGAGCUGGGCUCUAUAGAACAGACAUUGGGGCCAGACAGAAACACACAGAUGGGGACAGAGUUGGAGAGGGUGAGGAAAGGCUCCAUCCAGAGAGAUCUAUUCCUCACUGAGAUCACAAACACAGGAAGGAUGGAUGCAGGCAUGGAGAGAGAUCCGGUGAAGUUCCUCCACCCUCCUGGCUCUCAUUUGCGUCCCUACACCUUCACCUGCGCCCCCGGCCUCCCGUCCUACACUGAGGCCAAGGAGGCAUACUCCAGGGGCAUGAGGAGAUCCCGAUCCCUCCUCUCCGAAAUCACAGUGGGGAGGCAGGAGUCGGAGUCACAGGAGACGGAGAAGGAGACAGAGAAGGGACAGAUGACCAGAGAGGAGUUCCUGAAGGAGAUCCAAUCAGCAGAGACCUUUUUGACGGAGAUCAUAUCCAGACAAAACACAACCGCCUUCAACAAGCAUUGCGAGGACUUGUCUCAGUCACCCACUCCAAUGUCACCAGAAUACGAGUCAAUAUGCAUAGAUCCUGACUCCUCUCAGACCAUCCGUUUCCAAUCAGAGAGUUCCAUACGUACAUCAAACAGAGGCAAAGACGAUGUAGCACCGGAGGCCAUUUACGCCCAAGUGACUAAACGGGCAAAAAAGAGUGAGAUAAAGGUCACUAUACGGCCUGAGAUCCCAGUACUGCAAAUAGGAUCAAAUAAACAGUCUGUCAAACAGGAAGAGGAAUGUCCCACAGACACGACCUGCCUCAAGGACUCACCCAGCUCACUCACAGAUCCCACCGCUGACACCAACUCUCACCCAGACUCUCAGCCCCAGCAUGGUGACUUUGUGUUCUCAGAGAUAAUGCCAAAAAAUGGCCUCCUCCUUUACCAAACAUUCCCCAGUACAAAAACAGAGGAGGACGUUUCAGAAGGUCCAGCCCUACCUGUAAGAGAAACACAGAGAGUCAGAGAAAGGGUUGAGCUCUCAAGACAAGCUCAAGUUCAGUCUUUAUCUCAAGACAGUGUUACUGGAGAAGUGGAAGAAUCUGAGAAGAAACCAUGUAAUGAUGAGUCACCUAUUUCUGCAGAUGAGAAAGAGAGCAGGGGUCAGAAUAAUGUUGGGGAAAGGAAUUGUGAGAGAAUGAAAGGUGAUGCUGAGGUCAGAGAUACAGGGCAAGGAGGUCAGAAGCAGGACGUUGAUGACAUUUUACAUGACUUAACAACAGAGACAUCAGAAACCGAUAGAGCAUGUCAAAUUGAAUCUAAAGAUCACAAGGAAGAAGGAUCAGAGAGUUCAAAAGGUUGUGACAGUCAAAUGAAGAACGACACAUCACAUUGUUCUAAUGCUCAGUCACAUAACCCAAAUGUUGAAAGCUAUAUACAAAUCAACAAACAGAAUUCACAGAUCAACCAGGAAGGAAGGUCAGACCCAAGUCAAAAGAGCCCUACAGCCGUUCCCACCACCCCAGACUGGGACCCAUCCUCUGACCUCUCUCUCUCCACCAUGACCCCCUCAGACUCAUUCCUGUCAUCUUUGACCCCCAGUUCAGCCGACUGUCUGACCCCAGGUGACCCGUGUGUUGGAGGUGAAGGACCAGGUGGUUGGAGGGUGCUGGGGACAGAAACCCCCCACAGAGACUCCGCCUACUUCUCUGACAGUGACUGGGAAGGGGAGGGGCUUAGCAGGAAGGGCAGUGAUGGACUGAGUGUGACCAGACCCGGCAGCGGACGAGGUGGAGAGAGGGGGACGCUGACAGGAAUAGAAGAGAAGACAGAAUUAGAGGAUGAGGGAGAAACCGGGGGAAAGAGACCCUUGAAGAGGAUUUCAAAUAAGGGAAUUGACAUUGAGAGGGAAAAGGAGACAGUUCUUGAACAGAAUGCUCAUGUGCAGGAUAUCUCUCAAAACAGUGAUGAUGGAUAUAAAGACAUAUCGAGUAUUCAGGAGAACGAUCUCAGUCUGAAAGAAGUAGAACAUAAAACAGGGUUAGAAUCAGAACAGAGAGAAGAUUCUGGAAUGUUCCACAAUGAGAGCGGAGAGUCAGAUGAAAAGGGCCUAGUCCAUCCGGGACUACUGUCUGAUAACUCACAGACCAAGGAGAACAAUGAGUUUAUAGCUAAGCUGUUCUCUAAUUUAGAUGAUACACCUCUCAAAGGGUUCUCUUACAAUGAUGGAACUCAAAUUUGUAAUCAUUACACAGAAGGUGUGAUUUCUCAUGUGGAGUCGAAUGAUUUUAGAUUCCAUGACUCCACAGACAAAGACUUGACAUUGCCUUCUAAUAAUACCACUAAGACAGAUUGUUUGAAAUUAAUAUCUGCCAUUCAGACAAAGGAUAACAAACUUGAGAAUGAAGAACUUCCAGGUAUUGAAGAGAGAGAAAAUGAUAAUUCCAUGAAAGACACUACGGAACCAGUGACAGCGUUACAUGGCGACCAUGAUAACAGAGAAUCCAGGCUAUCUAGGUUCUACGGUAUUCAAACCAGCGAGGUCAAACUCAGUGACGAUAUUCCAGUAGUACUGGAGCCCAAUGACGGAGAGAGCACCAAUGACGAAGAGAGCAAACUGGCUUCUUCUUUCUGGGCCGAGGGGGACACUGAAGAGUCUGAAAGAGAAGACGGACAAGGUUUGGAGAUUCAACACACAGACGCCAAUGAGCUUGGCCUGAGAAAUUUGUGUUACUCAGAGGAAAGCGAAGACGAGAGGGCCAAGGCCAAAUCAGAGACAGAGAAACAGCUUGCCGCUGGAGAGCUGUGUAAUGCCAUGAAGGAGAAAUCUCCUCAAAGAGGACCAGUGACGGGGAGCCAGAGUGGGUCUUUGAGCAGGGAUGGGUCUGCUGAGACUGUGGACAGGGAGUCAUCUAAGGAUCUGGAGUUGAAGGCUAAAGAGCUGUGGAACACUCUGGAGGAGGGGGAGGGGAGAGGGGGAGGAGUGGUGAGGGGCGAGUUCGACUGUCACCGUUUCCAGCAGGGAGACCUGCACCUGUGGCCAUCGGAGAACGACCAGUGGGCCUCGUCGGAGAGCAGAAUCCAGGAAGCUGAACUCGGAUUGGAAUUCUUCUCAGCGUUCGGAAAGACCUGGGAGGAAAGGGAGCAGCUGGUGGUAGGCCGGGAAUUCUGGGAGGCUGAGGAGAACGAUGAACUGGCGAGGAGUGAGCCUCAUCCAGCCGUCCUCCAAGAUAGUGAAGAUAAUUCUAAUGACGAGAGGCAGGGACGGGUAGCCUACCUGGAAAUAAAGGGAGAGUUGUCCCAGAAACAGGCUCUUUCCAGUAGCAUUGACAGCCAACUAUCCCAGGCACUGGAUGUACAGCAAGAGGAAAAUAUAGAAAAUCCAGAUAGGUUUGACGAUGAUGAUGAGCAAAAUGUUGAAGGUGAUCAGCUAGUGGUUGAGGUGGAAAACCGAGAAAUCCCAGAGCAUGAGACCUUUGCAAGAGGGAGGGAGCAGUUCAGGUCACUCACUGAGACGGGUGGAGACAGUAAAAGUCAAACUGCAUCUCUUCUAAACGACUUGGAUGGAAAUAUUGCUCAAGAUGAGGGAAAUCAGAACUUCAACAGGUUGAAUCAUCUCAGUGAAGUGGAAGAAGGGGCAAUGGCCGAAAAUAGCCUAGAAAAAGAACAGGACUUUGAAUUAGACAACCAUCUUGCUCCCACAGUAAAGAGUAUAUAUUUGGGUGUAUCUAUCUGCCUCACUGGAGUACCACAGGUAGAUUUGUCAGGAUUACAACAUAUUGAGCCAAGCAUAUGCAUUGAAGAAGCUGACUCUACUUGCCAGCUUGUGGGGGAGGACAGAGAAGGGGGAGUAGACAUUGUAAACACAAGUGAGGAUUUGAGAGACAUAUCUCUUCUAUGUGACCUGGUGUCUUAUCCCAAUGAUAAUGACUUGGAGGAUAUAGCAUCUUGUACAGAUCUGUCUGGUUCACAAGGAGACAACUUUCAGUUCAGUUCUGUAGACUUUCCCAGCCCUCCUCCUAGCAUAGAUCUUGAUAUGCAAGAAGACAGGUUGCAGAGUUUAGAUGAUUCUUUUCCUAGUCCCCCACCUUCUGUCAUAGAAAUAGACGACGAUAGCGAUCUUAUAAACCUUGAUUAUUUAGGCUCAGAUUUCAUUACCAGUGCUGAGAGAGACCCAACAAUGCCCCCCACUCCUCACACUGAUAUCCUAGAGCCACCACCCUUACAACCCACCACAACCCACAGCAGAGGGAUCUCUGCAAACCUCAACCUUUCACCUGUACAUUCAACACUUCCAGUAUUCUCAGGUGAAAGCCAGAGCCAGAGCCGCCUCACAUCAAACAUGUCCGAGGAUGACAGAUAUAACCUGUCCCAGAAAAACACAACCACCACCUCCACCACACUCCUGUCAUUCCCCCAGAGUCCCCUCAACACCAUCCCAGAGCUGUUGAUAUCUGAGUGGAAGGAUUUGGAUGAGGAGCCUCUGGAAGAUUUUGAGAAACUGGAGCAGCUGUGCUGCAUAUCUGGGGAUGAGGAGGACACCCUGGGUGACCUCUUCCUGGGGAAUCUGGAGCUGUUGGAGUCUAUGAAGAAGACGCCUGAGCAGAAAGAUAAGGGUUCUGGAGAGAGUGAUAAAGGUGAAGAGACCUGUGGGACCUCCAUGCCUGAGGGGAAGAGGAGAGUGGAACUGAAAGAGGAAGUUGACGGAAUCUCUGAGAGCGCUGACUGGCUGGCCAGGUCGGUUCCAUCGGCAGUCCAGGACAUCCCAACUGGGGCUAAACUUUCACCUCAAGAGGAGAGGCGUGAACGACAGUUCCCAUCAACCUUUUCACCAUGUCAUUCUCCUGACUCCAAGGACCAGAGGUCACUUUCCAAGAUGCCCACUAAAAAUGGCCUAAUGAUGCAGGUGUGUGAGGAGAGACUGCAGUUCUCUCUCUGUGAGAACGUUAAAACGAACGUCCUCCGGGGGGCGACAGUGAGCGACAGCGUCAUUCUCCACCCAUGGGGAGACCAGCCCUUAGAUGGGGGUGGAGACACAGUCAGUGUGAAGGAUGUAGGAAGCGAAGAGGAGCCGGACACCGAACCCAAUUCUGAACCCCAGAGUGAGUCUGAUGCGACUGACAGUGAACCACUGACUGUGAUCCAGCAGCCAGAAGUUACACCCCCUCAGCCUGUGGCAAACCAAGCAAUGAAAGCCAAACUGGCUCGCCUGUCCCUCUCCCUCUCCCUCCCUCCUCUCCCUCUUGCUCUCCCUCUCUCCUCCAGUCCCAAGGGAGGGUUCAGGGAGGGCGGGCUACACCGAGACAGGAGUGGGAGACGGAGGGGUGCGUCCCCAGGAAGUGACCCCGAUGAGGAUGAGGAAGAAGAGCAGGAAGACGAAGGCUCCAGGAGGGUGAUUGUUGUCACGGAAACAGACGUUGGCAAAAGGGUGGGGCUCAGGAGUCUGCUGAAGUCGCCAAGGGAACCGAUAGACAAAGAGAAAGACAGAGGGAGAAACGUGUCCUUUUUUGAUGAUGUCACUGUCUAUCUCUUUGAUCAGGAAACUCCAACCAGUGAGCUGAGUAGUUCCACCCGCACCAGUCCAGCUCCAGCUCCUAACAAAAGCACUAAAUUUGAUUUACAUGGAGCAAACAGCAAAGGCAAAGACUCCAAAAGAAAAGGGGACUUGUCAGUCAAACCGAGGUCGCCCGUGGCGGCCAACCCAGUGACAUCCUCGCGUUUUACCGUCAGCCCAGCCGAUGACCCCCACUUGGUGUGAGGCAGGGUUCCGGAAUCCUCUGAGUUGUUCUGUAACCCUCAGAACAGGGACCUUCUGAGAGUGGCCAGUGGAUUCCCCUCCGUCCAUAACCAUUCUCAGAGGCUAUUUUUUUAUCGAUCAGGCAACGGAAAGAAAAGACUCCCGUUCUAAAAGCUGGACACAUUCCAGGUUUAACCAGCUACCAGUCCUUGUACGAGAAAGGUUGUUGAUAUAAUAACUCCUCCCUUUGCCACUGUAUCCUAGGGUCGAUUUAUAGACACUGGCUGGAAGUGGUUGAUGGCAAAGGCAGUUUGUCCUAGGCGAAGAAGAGUCUGGAGCUUUGUAAAAUCUGAAACGGAUCUGACGGCUAUGCAAUGGGAGUCAUUGUGUACCAGCUUACCUUCUCUUUACCUGCUUCUUUCGGUUGUCUUUACCCAGUAUGUACUGGGGGAUGCACUUUCUUUUAGUCAUGUAUCUGUCUGUGUGUAAGCUUGGAUUGAAAUCUUAACUUUGUAAAAACGAUUUUCAUUUCAGUCAGUCAUACUUGUAGGCAGCAGUUGGGGCCAGAAAACAAUCUUAACUCCUGUAUUUGAGAGUACUCAUUCAACAUUUGUACAAAGAUAGUGAUACAAGUGUAUACAAUAUAAUUUUAGAGCUGUUUAAUUUAGAUGUAUUCUUAGACUGCACGAAAAGAUGAAAACAAGCUAUGUUUCUAUAUACUUUUAUUCUAAAAGACUAUGUCUAGCUAUUAUUUAUUUAAUUUAUUCAUUAUUUAUAUAAAAAAUAUUUCCAUGCUUUGUAAAUAUUGUUUAUUUAUUUUGGUGCAAUUAAUUUAUCUCAGAAUUGUUUUGGACAAAAUGCAUCUAAGUAAUAGCUUCUCGGUUGAAUUAUUCUUCAUAACAAAUAAAGCAAGAUAUUUUUCCCAACCCCCAAAAAUAUUUUGUCUAAUUUCAUGUCUUUAUAACUGCCAUCCUGUCCUUAACUUAUGUCCUCAACUUGCAGGGUUUCCCAAACUCGGUCCCGAGGCCACCUUCUGGGUGCAUGUUUUGGUUUUUGUCCUAGCACUACACAAUUGAUUCAAAUAACCAACUCAUUAUCAAGCUUUGAUUAUUUUAAUCAGCUGUGUAGUUGCUAGGGAAAAGGUCAAAACGUGCACCCAAGGGGGGCCCCAGGACUGAGUUUGGAAAACCCUGCUCUAAUAUAUAUAUAUAACAUAUUUCAUUAUUUUCUAAUAUGAUUCAAUGUAUAAUUGUCUUGUCAUAAUUUUACUUUGUUUGAGGACAAUUGAUGUAUCUUAGCAUGAUAAAAUGGAAGCUUCUCAUCGGUAAAUAUCUCCAAAAGUUAAUGCAUUUGUUGAUUUACAUUAAUUUUCUACUAAUAGCAACCCAUCAUGCAGUCAAGCUCCAACUAGUCCCUUUGUUUAGUCUGUUUCAACAUCCGUUUAAAACCUGUAUUGUUGAAAGAAUGGGUUUCAUGGGAUACUGUAUAAAACCAGGGGAAAUAAAAACAACAUAAAAACUGUGAAACAUUUAUUGAACUGUUUGAUGAAAAUAAAUUGUACUGUCUUAUA